UCUUCUAUCCGAGUAUUCUGUUCACUGUGGGGCCUACUCAAGACAGCCAUUACCGCUUCUGUGGGCCCCACCCCACUUCCAAGCUCUUUCAUGGCUCCUCCUCCUCUUCCUCCGCUCCCCUGUCCCCUCCCUCUCUAUCUAUCUCUCACCUCAUCUUCCUCUUCCCACAAUGUCUCCUCCUCCAUUUCCUCACUUGCAGAACCCUUCUCUGAAUUCCAAGUCUGAAGCUUGAAAACGCUGCAGUUCACUCUCUCUCUCUCUCUGGUUUCACUAUUUGGGAGCAAGGAAAUUGAAGGCAGGAAGGAAAUGGUUUUUCUGAGGCUCACUGCCCACAUCUUUAUCCUGUUCCUAAGUCUCCAUGUAUGUUGUUGCAGCACGUUAGAUUAUCUUAAAGAUCCAGUCUUGUCGAUUAAGCAAAAAGAUUCUAUGUUACCAAUGAUCUCUCCUACAGCGACUCCUCAGCCCUUUCUUCCCCUUCUUGCUCCUUCACCAUUGGCACCAUAUACUAAUACCACCGUCCCAAGAUUAUCAGGACUCUGUAGACUAAACUUCAGUGUUGCUGAGAGUUUGAUGAGUGUGACCUCAAUUGAUUGCUGGUCCGUUUUUGCACCAUUACUGGCUAAUGUAAUGUGUUGUCCACAGUUGGAAGCCACUCUCACAAUUCUCGUUGGUCAAUCCAGUAAAGAGACCAAUGUUCUUGCUUUAAAUGGAACGACUGCUAAACACUGUCUAUCAGAUAUUGAACAGAUUUUGGUGGGCCAGGGUGCAAAUGACAGUCUUGCACAAAUAUGCUCGGUUCAUUCAUCAAAUCUGACUAAUGCAUCUUGCCCAGUCUUUGAUGUUAAUGAGUUUGAGGAUACAGUUGAUACUUCAAAGUUGCUUGCCGCUUGUGAGAAGAUUGACCCUGUGAAAGAAUGUUGCGCUCAAACUUGUGAGAAUGCCAUAUUAGAGGCUGCUACAAGGAUUGCAUCGAAAGUUUCUGAUCUUUUGAGCACAGAUGGUGCUCAUGAUCUCUUACCUGAUCGAUUAAGUAAAGUCAAUGACUGCAAAAAUAUUGUCCUCCGGUGGCUGGCAAGUAAACUCAGUCCUUCUCGCGCCAAGGAAGUUCUAAGGGGACUUUCUAGUUGCAAGAUUAACAAGGCUUGCCCCCUGGUUUUCCCUGACAUGAAGCAUGUUGCAAUGGGUUGUGGGAAUGGGAUAAGUAACCGGACUGCUUGUUGUACUGCCAUGGAGAGCUAUGUGGCCCAUUUGCAAAAGCAGAGUCUCAUAACCAACUUGCAAGCUUUGGAUUGUGCUGCAUCACUGGGAAUGAAGUUAAGAAAAUCAAAUAUUAUCGAAGAUGUGUAUAGCCUAUGUCGUAUAAGCCUCAAGGAUUUCUCUCUUCAAGUUGGAAAUCAAGUGUCUGGAUGUCUUUUGCCGAGCCUGCCUUCCGAUGCAACAUUUGACAGUUCAGGAGUCAGCUUCCUUUGUGAUUUGAAUGAUAACAUUCCAGCUCCAUGGCCCACCUCUCAAGGGGCAGCUUCCUCGUGCGGUAGAAAUGUCAGGAUUCCUGCUCUUCCUGCAGCAGCAUCUGCUGAAAGUGGUCUGUACCAUGAUGAUGUGAUGCUUUCUCUACUCCUUGCUUCCGGGAUGGUCCUUAUGAUGCUUCUGUGAAUAAGUUUCCCUUGAGGAAAACGUGCCAGUCCUUUGAAGGAAAAUUCAUGAUUGGUUCAUCUUUUAUACAAGUCACCCCAAUCUAAUCGAUAUAAGAUUGUCGUGAAGACUGGGCAGAGAAACUAUGAUUCUACGGCAAUCUGACUUCAAGUUUGUGAUUCCAAUCCUACUGAUUGAUGAUUCUUGCUUGCUUCUGUGAUAAAAUUUCUGUAAAAAUUAGGAAAUCGAUGGUGGUUAAUUAUAUUGUAAACUUAGAUGGCAGCCGAAGUAUAAUCUUACUUCUUUUACAAGUGAUGGAACAACUCGACCAUAUAUUGUACUCAUUUACCAAAUUUAAUCUAGUUACAAGAUUUGCAUGUA